UCACCAAUGGAAUCUUCAAAAACAAAACGAUUUAAAUUCCUGUCAAAUUUUUCGAUUUUGUGAUACGAAAACAGGUAUAUAAACCUAAAACUUGUUUCACAAACCAUUUCCAAACGACACAAUGCAACUGGCCGUUUUGCUACUUUUGGUCGCUGUGGCAAACGCCCUACCAGCUCACCCAAGCACAACAGUUCGUAAUUACACGCCUAAUCAAUACGAGUUGGAGCAAAACAGGGCAGCAAGGUACAAAUUUUCGUCGAAUAUUGAGGACCAUAUCAGUGAUUUGAUGCAUCAAAGGGAUGAAGUGCGAGAUGGGUUGAAUGUGAAAGGAUCGUACUCGUACAGUGACGGGUACGUGAAAAGGACAGUGCACUACGAGGCUGAUGAUAAGGGUUAUAGGAUUACAGGGCAAGAAGAGACGCCCCUGGAUGGGCCCAAAAUUGAUUUGACUGGGACUGCGGCGGUUAGUAACGCCGCCCAUGGGACCCACAUCCAGUACCGGGUGCAGAGCAUACCAGUACCAGGACCAGUAGCCAAAAUUAUUGAUUAAAAUUAAAUAAAAGACUGGUUUUUACAA